GAUAUUUGGACCGGACCACAUUGGACCUAAUGCAAUGUUGGUCCGAUCCAUGAUGCUAAUUUUUUUCCUUUUGAACCGUGUGUCUCAAGGUUUGGUAUAGUCCUAUUCGAACCAAACCAUUGCACACCCCAAUUAUAUUGUCCUAAUACCUUGAUAUCAAAAGCCUUAAAAAGCAGUUUAUAAGCUAGCUUCUAAGACUUUUACUAGGUUUGAUGGCUGGUUAAUGCCACAUUUGGUCACUAUGAUUACUAAACUGUGUCAUGUUUAGUCACUAGAAAAAAAUUAAUAUCAAAUUUGGUCAUUCUAAUUACUAAAAUAGGUCAUAUUUACUCACUCUUAGUUACUUUCCGUCCAACUCUGUUAAUGGAGUGCAUUAUGUGCUGACGUGGCUAACAGGAGCACCUAGUCAGCACCGUUUUGCCCCAAAAAAUGGUCAAACCCGACCGGCCACGUCACCAAACACGCCAUGUCGUACACCCAACCCAAAUCAUUAACCCAAACUGACCCAUAACCAAACCCUAGCCCACCUAACAAAACAAAAUUGGAACAUCGAUCGGGUUAGUGGCCAUUUUCAAAACAAAACCUUUUCUCCUUCCUCGCGAAGCUCUGGUCCUUACUCUAGGUUCAGCCAUUUUUGAUCGAUCUCCAGGGAGAGAUAAAGAGCUCCACGCUACCCCCUUGACCCCCUUAUCCCGCAGGUGCAAUUCUCUAGAGCUUCAAACACUUAGUCGGCUCGGGACUUAGUGUCGUCCAUGCUCGUCGCUUUUGUCAUCUCCUCCACCAGCAGCUCAACCCACUAGAUUGGGGGGUCGCUGUUGAUUUUCACCACGGGGUCGGGUUUCGUGGUAAGCGCUUCUUCCAGGGAGAGAUGGCAGAUGCGGUGGAUCACAGCGUCGAUGUGGCCGCCGCAUUCCUCUAGGGAUAGCUUGAAAAUCACCACCUCCAUGUUGGGGAACCUCACCUGGAGGCGCUCGAGACAUGGGGGAGCCAACUGGUGGUUCUUGGUAACCGGCAAGGGUUACGGCGAUGGGAAAUCGCAGUUGUAUUCGUUGUCGAACAGAUGCAGUCGCUUGGUAUCGCAGAUUCUUGAACUACAUACAACCGCUGAGGCCAUAAUUUGUGUCUUUUGCACCUCGAGAGAAUCAAUUUGGGAGUCUUUUCCACCUCGCGGGGAAGGAGCAGAGCUUCGCUAGCUAGGAAGGAGAAAGAGUUUUGGUCUGAAAAUGACCACUAAUCUGAUCGAUUUUCCAAUUUUGUAUUGUUAGGUGGGCUAGGGUUUAGUUCUGGGUCGGGUUGGGUGUAUGACAUGGCGAGUUUGGUGGAGUGGCAUGUUGGGUUUGGCCAUUUUCUGGUCAAAACGGCGCUGACUAGGCGCUCUCGUUAGCCACGUCAGUACAUAACAGACUCCAUUAACGAAGUUGGACGGAGAUGAACGGAGAGUGACUAAAUAUGACCUGUUUUAAUAAUUAGAGUGACCAAAUUUAAUAUUAAUUUUUUAUAGUGAUUAAACAUGAUACAAUUUAGUAAUCAGUGACCAAAUGUGGCAUUAACCCUUUUGAUAGCUUUUACUUGAGCUUUUGUUGAAAAAGUUUUUGGAACAAAACUUACAAUAUUUGGAGGUCCAAAGCAUAGAUUUUUAGACUUUAAAACUAGUUUUUGGCUGCACUAAUUAUAUAUAAAUGAUGAUGAGGUAAGUUAUUAUUCAUUUUUCUUCCAAGCCGAGAGUCAACUUAAUAUUCAUCGGCUCCACCACCGACUGUAUAUAUGUUGUGCAGUCCAGCCGACCAGGCGACCACAACAAUGGCGCCACGUGAAUUGCAUAUGAAUGCAGAGAACAACUGAAGCACCGGAGUAUGCUCUCAAUAGCUUAUGUUUGGUUUGACGUUCGCUGCAUAUAAUUGACGGGACGUAUGGGAUGAUACAGGUAAAUGUCACAUUUUGUCACUUAUGACUCGUUGUCUCAAUCAUAACUUCAAACAGAACCUCACUGUAGAGAGGGAGACCCCCGGAAGCGUAAGAACGACUAUUUUGGAGCAGUAAAUACUGGUUCCAUCGACGAGUGAGAAAAGGAACGAGAUACCUACGGCUACGUGAGGGGGGCCAGAAACGGUGCUCCAUGUGCUACGUGAUUGUCCAUUUGCACGAGCAGCGUGGGCGGAGGUUCUUGAUAAUGAGCAAGAUGAUAAAUUCUUCCAAGGGGAGCUCCUGCAAUGGAUGCUACACUACGUUACGGGGAGAGGUGAAAUUAUUAAAUUAUAUCAUGUUUAGUUACUAGAAAAAAUUAAUAUCAAUUUUGGUCAUUCGAACUACUGAAUCAUGACACAUUUAGUCACUCUUCCGUUAGUUUCCGUCCAACUCCAUUAACGAAGUUUGACGGAGGCUAACGGUGAGUGACUAACUGUGACAUGUUUCAGUAAUUCGAGUGACAUUCAUAAGACAAAAAGUAAUUCGAGUGAUCGGAGUUGGACGGAGACUAACGGGAGAGUGACCAAAUGUGACAUAUUUUAUUAUUUUGAGUGACCGAAAUUAAUAUUAAUUUUUCUU